AAUCAAAACACACCCAAAAAGAAGCCAACAGAGCAGGGCUCGAUCAUCACUAAACAUCGAAUAACCAGCAAAGUAGGUCUCUAUAACAAAGCAAAAAGCUCUAAAACUGUAUUAAGGGAUCAAAAAGUAGAAGACAACAUGAAGAAGUGUGUCCCAGAUCAUGAGGAAGAACUGAAAAAAGACCUUUCAAGAGUUUUAGAUUGUUCCUCAUUCAGAAUUAAGCCUCUGAUUGCUAGUUCUGGAUACAUUAGCACAGAAAUGACUGCAUCCUCUGAUAUUCCCAUAUCUGUUCCAAGACAAUUCAGUGGAAGGGGCUCACUAAACUCAUCUCCAAGAUCAAUUGCAACAGUGCGAUCAAGUGCCUGUGGAUCAGCAGUUAGUAACUGUAGUCAAUCAUCUCAAGGAAGGCUGCCAUUUAAGACACCUCUACAUGAAAUCUCAGAGAGUUUAAUUGCAAGUCUGCAUCCUGCUGAAACAUUCCAUGGACGAAAUUACUUCAUGGAAGUCAGGGAACAAAUUUUGAAAGUUUUCAAGCAAAGUUGUGCUAGAGUGAAUGCAGAAAUAAAGCAAGGGCAGGUUUCUUCUGAGGUACAUAAGAGAUGUCUAAAAAGAAAGGCAGCUGAAAAUAUUCCUCAAGCAAGUCAAGGACAGACGUCUGAAGUAUUUGCUCAACGUCAUGAUGGUAAUCAAAACUAUUUUAGCGCAGAUAACGCUUCAACCUGUACCUUUGACGUCAUGCAACCAUGUGAACCAGACGUCAUGCAACCAUGUGAACCAGAAACAAUGCAAAAUCCAAGAAAUUCUAGAAUUCAUGAUCGUGACAAUAUCGAGCCGACCAAUCCCAUCAAUAACAAGAAAUCAGACUUGACGCUGAAUAAAUYAUUUGAUGAAAAGGAAAGCUUUGAUAACAGGAACUACUCAUUCACUCAUAUGGAGCAACUUCGAUCACGACGAGGAACAAUCCAUCACGAAAACAGCAUUUCUAACUGUACAUCAGGGUUUGAUAUYAUUGAUUUCAUUGACCAUAGCAGUACAGAGAACAACCUAACAGAAAAAAGUACGAUAACGUACGAUAAUCGAAUUUUAGAUGUUUCUCCGCCAAAAAAGCCAAGUCUGGACACACCCACUCCACCGAGAUUUUACCGGAGAAAAAUGUAUUGAUAUUUUGCUAAUUCUGUGUUGAUUGAUGCUGAUCCAUGCUUUAUUUGUUCCUCAUAAAAGGUUUAAAUGAA